AUGGUGGGACGUGGGUACCCAGAGUUGUGCCGGGGAGAGGGGUCGAGCCCAGGCGGGGAUGAGCGGGAAGUGGUGGUGCAACCGGAGCCGCCGCUAGGAGAACAUGGCGGGGGAGUGAGGAGAGCCGCCAGCAGCUCCCGGUGUUGUUACCCGGGCGCGACCCGCCCACUUCCGCCUGCGCGCCAACCGCCGUUCGCUCACGGCGCCAGCACCACCCCUCCCCGCUGCGCCCGGCCAAUCGCGGUGGAGCGGCGGCCUCUCUGCCCUCGCUCCAGCCAAUCGGAAGCGACACAAACACUCGGGGCCACGCCUCCCUUGGGCCGCCCAAUCCGAGCGGGCACGCCCUCGGCCUCCAAGUCACGGGCUCGCAGUGCGCUGCGGGCGGGCCGUGCCCACCGGCCAAUCGGGAUCCACACGAGCAGCCGAGGCCGCACCCCCGGGGGCCCUGCAGCCAAUCACGGGAGACGUAAACAGGCGUCGGCGCGCCCCCCGGUGGGCGGUGGCGGCGGGCGGGCAGCGUCGCUCGCCAUGGAGGAGCCGGGCCCGGCCGCUGCGCCGCCGGAGGGGCGGGACGAGCGGAGCCUGGAGGCGCUCAGCCUGGCUGGUGGCGGAGGGGCGGCAGUGGCGGCGGGGCGGCAGCUGCCGGAGGGGCGGAGAGCGACGCUGGCGAGCGCCCUGGAAUUGGAGGGGACGGUGCUGCGCGAGGGGCGCCUCACCCAGUUCGUAGCCAACAAUCUGGAGCGCCGGAUCCGGCUGAGCGGCGCCCCGCGGGGCGAGCCUCCGGCGGGGGGGGGUGGGUCCUCCAUCCCCGCCAUCGACCCCGGAGCGCUGCAGGACGUGGUGGCCCUGGCCGGGCAGGUGGCGGCGCAGGUGGACGAGCUGCUGCGGAACGUGCACUGCGGGCUGCAGGCGCUCACGGCGCUCAGCGUCGGCUGCAUCCAGACCUACCGUGACGGCGUGGAGAGCCUGGGCGAGGCGGCCGACCUCAGCAUCCGCGCCAUGUACGCUCUGGUGGCGCGCUGCGAGGAGCUGGACCGCGCCAUGCAGCCCGUGCCCGCCCUGGCCAAGCGCAUCCGUGACAUGAAGGGCACGCUGGAGCGGCUGGAGGGGCUCUGCAAGUAGCUUCUUCCGCCGCCGCCCCUCCUGUGCCGGCCGCGGGGGCCUGGGGCUGCUGCGCUCUCGCUCCGGCGGCCCAACCGCUCACGGCGUCCGCAGCUCCGCCUGCACGUCCUCGCUCGCUCUCCCCCGUGCGUGACUUGCCGGCAUCAGUGGCCAGAUCGCCUGUGUUGAUCUGGACGAAAGAAAAUUUUUGCGACCGACGAAGGAAAAGAUCCCUGUUGAAAACCGCGGGGUAAAUGGCAGAUGGUGCUUUUUAGCUUCAGCUCCAUUAAAGAAUUUGGAUUCCACAUGCCUUACGCUUUCUUUUUAUUGAGGGCUAAGAGAAACUAACGAGUCUUAAUUAAAGAUAGCUUAAAUCAGAUUCAAAAUUCUUGUGAGUACCUGCAUGAUGCUUUCAGGCAUAUGCGCUUAUUUGUAGUUGAUUUGGUACCUGAAGAGUUAAUUCUCACCUAUGUUGUUACAGCAAAUAAACUCACAGAACACCACUGUUUCUUAC